AUGAAUUCAAGUUAUCCAUGCGGCACUCCUUUCUCUGGUCACUUGGAUAAAUACCUCCUCCGAGUCUGUUUAGAGCAACACUACUUCCACCGCUUCCACCGCACGACAACCUUCCUAUCUCACCUCGCAUCGUCAUGUCCCAACCUGAGAAUCCUCCACGUAGGAAGCGAAAUCACGCACGAUCCGGGCUACGCCGGAUGGAAGCAUCAGCACCCGAUCACCGAAGCGGGCCUGGAUCGGUUCUUCAAGCAAUGCUCUCAGCUGGAGCAGCUUUCACUCCUCUGCCUCCAUUUGGACGUGGAGCUACCGCCUUCUUUCUUCCACCUAACACGCCUACACACCCUCGCCUUAACAACCGCCUCCGCCUUAGAAGAUCCAGAUCUGGAAAGCCUCACCGCUCUCACCACUCUCCAUAUCGCCUCCGUGGAGUUGAGCAUUGAGCAGCUCUCGAAUGUGCGUCGCCUUCCCAGCAUUACCACCCUCUCCGUCUCUACCCGGACGAGCUUUUAUCCUGACGACCCAGGCUCGGCUGAGUUCACCAUCGCACAUUGCCUCGAGUUUCGCUGCCUGCCCGAAAACGUUGGGAGAUUAUCUGCCCUGAAAACUCUGGUUCUGGAGAAGCUGCCGCUGUCAAGCCUCCCUGACUCCCUCUGCCAGCUCAGCGCCUUGGAGACCUUCUUUCUGCUCUGGUGCGAGCCGAUCCACGAGCUGCCAGCAGGGUUCGACUGCCUCACAGCUCUCAAGACCCUUUGCCUCGGACGAGUGGCGCUUCCAGUAGACAUAGGACGGCUGUGUAACCUCCAGACGCUUCUUGUGAGAGAGAGCUCUCAUCAGCGCCAUCUCCCGUCCUCCUUAACCGAGAUCUCCUCGCUGACAAGGCUGGAGCUGGAGCUGUGCCACGUGGAAGCGCUUCCAGAGGGCGUGGGAGAGCUGAGCAACCUGCGGGAGCUGCACGUCUCCUGCUGCUCGCAUCUCACGGCCCUUCCAGCGUCGGUGACGUGCCUGACUCGCCUCGAAACUCUCACACUCUCCGGCUGCAGAGAGCUCGCCUUCGUGCCCACUGGGUUGGACGGCCUUACAAGGCUCAAGCAGCUGGUGGUGACUUGGCUCACGUUGGCAAACGAUGCCGAGGAGCUUCCCUUCGCUCUGACGUUUCUUUCUCGGCUGCGCACCCUGAUUGUUCAGGGCGCGGGACACGUCCAAAGGCUGCCGCCCGAUAUGGGGACGGUGUUGCCGCAGCUGCGGAAGCUGAAGCUUUGCGCGGACGAGUUGAGGGAGCUGCUAGCGAGUGUCACAGCUCUUGAGAACCUCACGAGCUUGGAGGUUCACUAUGCGUCCCAACUGGCCUCUCUCCCAGAUGGCAUCGGUGCCUUGUGUCGGCUUCGGCAGCUGCAACUCCUUUUCUGCGAGCAGCUUGAGCAGCUGCCUGCCUCUCUCACCUGCCUUACCUGCCUGAACGAGCUGGCAAUUCCGCACAGCUCCAUCCGCUCCCUGUGUCCCAACUUUGCGCGGCUUACGCGACUCAAAUCUCUGAGCUUGUCGGGCUGUGCGAAGCUGCAGGCGCUGCCAGGGGAGAUGAGUGAGCUGAAGAAAGCGGGUGAAUCAUAG